AUGAACGACAACGAUAAAUGGACGCAGAGCGUAAAGCGAUUCCGCGAGCGGAUGGCGGAGGAGCAAAGGAAGCUCCCCAGGAUGCAGCCACUAGAGGCAGCGGGCACUUCAGACACUAGAAGUGCCAGAUCAGCACGCGCAGAGGCUCUGCAAGCAGCGGCGCAACAUCUGGCGCGACGCACAGGGGUAGCAACAGCCAGUCACGGAACCAACGCUUGCGCGGCCGACGUACCCAACGCCCCCACCACUGUGCACACCACCGACCGUAACGACAGGGCAGCUUCCGCAAAGGCUCGCAAGGCGCAAACUGCCAUGAGGCGCUCUAUAGCAGCGCACGUAAGCACGACGCGCCGAGCUUCUUGGGCUGCAGCGUCGCAGAGAACCAACCUGGCCGCGGUGCCAUGCGGCAGGAUCAGUAGCAGCGAAACGUCUACCUCUGACGAUUCCACCGUCCCACGGAGAUCGCCGGUGAUCGAACUUUCGUCCGAAAAUGAAGAUACGCUACCGGAGAACAAGAAGGCGGAACUUACCUUUCCAGCGGGGCCAAAUGGAGUCUGCCUGUAUCAAGCAGACUUACAAUCUCUGAAGGACGGAUGCUGGCUUACAGACACGAUCAUUGAUGCGUACGCUAAGCACUUGGAAGCAGAAUUUGGACCGAAAGGUACAGUCCUUAGCCCAUUCGUGGUCUGGCAGCUGAACCAGCCAGGAAGACGCGAUGAAAACUUCCCCCGCAUUCACCGCUGGAUUCGCAACAUCGACAUAUUUGGACAGAGGGUAGUACUAGCGCCACACAACACCGAGCACCACUGGUACCCUCUCGCCCUAUCCAACCGCGAGCUCACGCACCACGUCACGGACACAGUCUGCUACCACCAACACCAGAUAUGGACAGCAGAUUCCUGGAGGAGGGGUGAGGUCACCCACGCAACCACGGCCUGGCGCGAAUUCCUCCAGUGGGAAUACAAGUAA